AUGUCUCAAGAAACCCUUGCUCUGGUUUUGGAUGAUUUCAAUCAACAGAUUCAUAUUUUGACGUCUAGCUACGAUAACAAUGAGAAAAAAGCUGGUAUUCUAACAAUAGUUUGUCUAAUAACUGGUGACACGGAAAUAAACAAAGCAAGAAUAGCUCGUUAUGCUCAUUACUUGCGAAAUAUUUUUCCUACAAAUGAUCUUGGUAUUCUAGAACUGGCAGCCAAGACUAUGGGCCGUAUAACUGUGUCACUUGGGAUUAAAAGAGGUGAAUAUGUUGAAAAUGAGAUUAAGAGGGCAUAUGAAUGGCUUGCAGAAGAAAGGACAGAAGCUAAGAGGCUAUCUGCUUGUUUUAUAUUAAGAGAACUGGCCAUAUCUAUGCCAUCAUAUUUCUAUCAGCAUAUAAAUGGGUUUUUUAAUCAUAUUAGAAUAGCAUUACGUGACCCUAAAGAGCAAAUAAGAGAGGUUGCUGCUAAAGCUUUAAGAGCUGCAUUUGUAGUAACAUCACAGAGAGAAGUACCGACACAGCAUAAGAGGGCCCAUUGGUAUAUCCAGUGUUAUGAGGAAGCUACAUCAUCAUUUAGUGAUCAUACAAUAAGAGAUAGAGGGCUGAGUCGUGAUGAAAAUGUGCAUGGAGCUUUAUUGAUUUUGAAUGAGCUACUACGGUGUUCUAAUGCCAAUUGGGAACGGAAGUACACAGGUUUGAUGCAGAAACUGGAUGCUGAACAAGAUGUAUUAGAUGAAGUGUCCAUGCACAAUAAACUACAAAGUCUAUGGAGUCAGCAGAGUUAUUCCGAAGAUAAAACUCAGACACCAAUUAUAUUGGAAUCAAGUUUCUGCAAACAACUCAUUUUAGAUAAAUAUGACAAAAUUUCCAGUGAUAUUAUGGCUCAACAGAUAUCAAGAUCACACAAUGUCCAUCAAAUGCUUCUCUUAAUUAUACCCAGACUAGCUGCUUUCAAUCGAGAAGCAUUUGCUCGAAAGCACUUAAAAUCAACCAUAAAUCAUCUAAUUACUUUUCUCUGUGGCAGAGAGAAAGAGAGAGCUAUGGCAUUUAUUACCCUCGGCCUUAUCUGUGUAUCUGUGGAAGAUGAUAUUCAACAGUACUUAAACAGGAUCAUUGAAAUCAUCAAAUCAACAUUACCUCUUAAAGAUAUGUCAAGGAAGAGAAAUGGAAUUGACACAUCCCUUUUUAAAUGUGUCACAUUGCUAGGCUUCACUAUGAAGGAAAAUAUAGCAAAUGAAUUAAAAGAAUUGUUAGAUCCUAUGUGCGUUAGCGGCCUAAAUCCACAAUUGACGACAUGUUUUAAAGAACUCAGCCAGAGUGUUCCAUCCCUAAAAAAGGAAAUUACAAUUAGAUUACUUAAUAUACUUUCUCUGAUAUUAAGGAAGAAACCAUAUACUAUAAGCGAAAACAAAAGUGAUACACAGUUGUCAUAUUCGCUAUCAACUGUAUUGGUCAUGGAGCCACACGACGCUGCUAAACUAGUACUGGCAUUGCGAACCCUCGGUACCUUUGAUUUUGAAUGGAACAACACAUUAAUGUCUUUUAUUCGUCGUUGCACUGAUCACUAUUUGCAAAGCGAACAGCAUGACGUCAGGUUAGAGUCAGUUAAAACAAUUGCAAAGCUUCUUGUUAAGGCAGUAGAGAGAUGUUCUCAAACCAGCUCAAGAACUCUUAAUAUACUAGUGGAUGAAUCAUUGGGUAAACUACUUUCAGUUGGCCGAGCAGACUUUGAUCAUGAGAUACGAUUUAAGGUGUUAGAGGUCUUCACGAAUCCUGUAUUUGACAAAUUUUUAGCCACCGAGGAACAUUUGAAUAGCUUGUUCAUAUGUGUCAAUGACUCAAAUAGCGACGUCGGUGAAUUAGCCUUAUGCGUGGUCGGUAGAUUGAGCAAUUUGAACCCUAGUUACACGACUCCGAUUUUGCGUCAAAUGUUUGUGCAAAUUUUGCUCGAAUUACAGUACUCCGAAUCGGCCCGUAACAAAGAGCAAUCUCUGAGAAUGGUUAACAAUAUCAUAACUCACGCGCCGCGGAUCACAAGGCAAUUUGUGGACACAAUUCUGAAAGUUCUGGUACCGAAGUUGAAGGAAACCGAUAGUAACUCUAUAAUGAUUUCGACUAUUUUAAAAGCAAUUGGAGAUUUGGCAGAGGUUAAUGGAGGUGGCACAGCAUUGAAGGAGUGGCUGCCUGAACUGAUGAGUAUUCAGUUGGAAAUUUUAUCAGAUCCCAAUCAACCAGAAAAAAGGAGUGUAGCGCUCUGGUCCUUCGGUCAGGUUAUAAGUGCCGUUGGACAUGUCGUAACACCAUAUAGCGAACAUCCGAAUCUUAUGGAUAUGCUUCUAAAUUUCCUGAAAACAGAACAGCAUACCAGAGACAGGCGUGAAACGAUACGCGUGCUAGGUCUCUUAGGCGCGUUAGAUCCUUAUCAACAUAGAGUCAAUCAGGGGCUUAUUGAUUUCCAAACUACCUCAACGUUAAUUCCGAUUACAGAAACGACAGCUACAGUUGAAAACUUUGACGCUAACGUUAGCGAAAUGUUUGUUAAUAUGUCUCCUAUUGUUUUGGACGAGUUUUAUCCCGCGAUUGCGGUCACUUCCUUAAUGCGUAUACUUCGAGAUCCCUUACUAGCGCAACACCACACCAAUGUGGUUCAUUCUGUAACAUACAUAUUCCAAACAUUGGGAAUCAAAUGCGUUCCUUAUAUAUCGCGGGUCACACCCAGUCUUCUCUAUGUAAUUCGUAACACAGAUAAUAAUAACUUCAGGGAGUUUCUAUUUACGCAGCUCGCGCAGCUAAUAUCUGUUGUAAAAAUCCACAUUAGAGCCUAUUUGGAAGAUAUUUUUGAUAUAAUACGUGAAUAUUGGACACCCGACAGUCAGUUACAGCCUACCCUCAUUUUGCUCGUUGAACAUAUCACUGUCGCGAUUGGUACUGAGUUCAAAGUGUACCUAAGAAAAAUCCUACCUCAUAUAUUACGAGUCCUUAAACACGAUAAGAGCAAAGAUAGAGUAUUAACGGAGAAAUUGCUCUUGGCGAUACAGAAAUUUGAGAAUAAUUUGGAUGAUGUUCUGCUAGCUAUCGUCCCGGCUAUAACAGCGUUGUUCGAUAGAAGAAAUAUUCCAACGCAUAUUUCAAAAUUAGCGAUGGAGACGAUAGAGCAUUUGUCUAUGCAUCUGUAUUUGAAACCCUAUUCUGCGGUAUUAAUACAAGGCCUCGUGAGGGUACUUGAUAAUAACCCUACACUGAGACAAACUGCAAUGAACACACUCUGUGCUUUAAUAGUUCAGUUAGGACGAGAGUACAUAGACUAUAUUGGCCCCGUGGACAGGGUUUUAGUGAAGCAUAAAAUUCAAUGUCCUAACUACACUGUGCUCGUAUCGAGACUUCAAGUAAUAUCGACUCUAGCGUCUGACGACGAUUAUUUGGAUGAGACUCGAUCUAGAUUAAGGAAUCAAAAGACUGAUGUGGUAACAAGUGGUGAGACACAAAAUAUUCAGAAGUUGGUAUUGAAUGUUCAAAAUCUGCGUAAAUGCUGGUCCAUAAGCAACGUAAUAUCAAAAGAUGAUUGGCUGGAGUGGUUGCGACAAUUUAGUAUCGGAUUGCUCACCGAGUCAAACAGUCCCGCCAUUAGAGCAUGUGCCAGCCUAGCUCAAAAUUAUUCCCAGCUAGCGAGUGACUUGUUCAAUGCAGCUUUUAUGUCAUGUUGGACGGAAUUGGGCGACCAGCCGCGGUCUGAGCUCGUAUACGCUCUAGAGAAGGCGCUUACUGUACCUGAUGCCCCAGAAAUAUCUUUAAUCGUGUUAAACCUUGCUGAGUUCUUGGAACACUGUGAUAAAGGAGCUUUACCCGUUUCUAUAAAAUUGUUAGGCGAUACUGCUAUCACUUGUCGCGCGUUUGCAAAAGCUCUAUAUUAUAAGGAAGAAGAGUACAGAAGAAAUCCAACCACUCAAGUCGUGGAAGCGCUUAUCCACAUCAACAACAAAUUACAACAGAAAGAAUCGGCUAAUGGCUUACUCGAAAAAGUCAUUAUGCAAAAGAAAAAUGGCAAUUGCACGCUGAAUGUUCACGUGCGAUGGUAUGAGAAACUACACAACUGGGAACAGGCUUUAGAACUAUACAACAAGAAACUUGAAACGGAACCCGAAGAUAAAGAGUCGAAACUGGGUAUGAUGCGAUGUUUGGAAGCCAUGGGUGAGUGGAGGAAACUGUACAGUAUCACUGCCGAACAGUGGGACAAUCUUGGAGAAGAUUUGCAAAAGAAGUCAGCAAAGAUAGCAGCUGCUGCAUCUUGGGGUUUGCAAGAAUGGGAUACAAUGAAAAAAUAUGUCGCGUUUCUCCCAGAAGAUACCCAGGAUGGAGCGUUUUAUAGAGCGGUGCUCGCGAUACAUGAUGAAUAUUGGUCAGAGUCCAGGCACUUUAUUGACUCCGCAAGAACAUUACUAGAUGGAGAAAUGUCUGCUGUUAUUGGGGAAAGCUACCAAAGAGCCUACGCGGCGCUAGUCAACGCGCAGUUACUAACAGAACUAGAAGAAGUGGUCACUUACAAAUUGGUUGAGGAAAGAAGAAGUACUAUCCACAAGAUGUGGUGGACUAGGCUCCAGGGAGGACAGCGUCUCGUUGAAGACUGGAGAAAGAUGCUCCAGAUUCGAAGCCUAGUUAGAUCGUCUUGCGAAGAUUUACAGACUUGGCUCAAGUUUUCAUCUCUAUGUCGAAAAACUGGUACUGUCAAUCAAGCGCACAAAAUAGUGUUAUCUAUAUUGGGCGCAGAUCCAGUCACCAAUCCCGAAAUAUUAUUGCAAACUCAAGAUCCAAGAGUGAUACUAGCGUAUAGUAAGAAUCUAUGGGACGUUGGUAAUAAGAGAUACGCUUAUGAAGUGUUGCAGAGGUUUGUGGAUAACACAGAGGGGGAGACGGAAGAACAGUGUAGAUUGCUAGCACGGUGUCAUCUAAAGCUUGGAUCUUGGUGUGAGUCUCUGCAGGAAAUAAACGAACUGUCAAUUCCAGAAAUAUUAAAGAAUUACGCGGCUGCGACUAUCCUAGCCCCUGAAUGGUACAAAGCUUGCCACGCGUGGGCCUGUAUGAACUUCGAAACCGUUCUGUUCUAUAAGCAACAGGAUAACCUAUCUGAGAGUAGUGUCGCCGGUGGUUCUGGGGAUAAAAAAGUAUCGAGACCGGAUUUCAUCAACACCUACACUAUACCAGCGAUAGAAGGCUUCUUUAAAUCGAUUAGUUUAGCGAAUGGAAAUUCUCUACAAGAUACACUAAGGCUUCUGACGUUGUGGUUUGAUCAUGGUCACCAUCCGGCGAUCUAUGACGCUCUCUUUGAGGGUAUCAGGCAAAUUGAUGUAAAGAUAUGGCUACAAGUGAUCCCGCAGUUAAUAGCUCGAAUAGAUUCACCUAGAAGUUUGGUCGCGAAAUUGGUACAUAUACUUUUAAUAGAUAUUGGGAAACUGCAUCCCCAAGCGUUGGUCUAUCCUCUCACUGUUGCCACGAAGUCUUCGUUCGUGACGCGGAAGAAUGCGGCGAAUUAUAUUCUGAAGACGAUGUGCACGCAUUCCCAAGUAUUAGUGAACGAAGUUGCUAUUAUUUCGGAGGAGUUGAUAAAAAUUGCAAUGCUAUGGCACGAUCAGGUGUAUACCGCGUUGGAAGAUGCGUCUAGGUUAUAUUUCAGCGAGAAGGAUUACCGCGGUAUGUUUAGAACGCUCGAGAAAAUGCAUACGAUGUUAGAUAGACCACCAGAGACAUUGAAGGAGGUUUCCUUCUUACAAAUGUACGGCAGAGAUUUGCAAGAAGCGCAACGAUGGUGUGAGCUAUACAAGGAGACUAACGAAGACAGGUAUCUGAAUGAAGCCUGGGACCUCUACUGCCACGUGGUACGUCGCAUUGGUGCGCAGUUCCGCUCACACACGGCCUUAGAACUCCAGUAUGUGAGCAAACGUCUCCAUACCUGCACUGACUUGCAACUGGCCGUCCCAGGUUCUUAUGUGCCUCACGAGAAAGUUAUACGGAUAUCGCAUAUCAAGAGUCACUUGCAAGUUAUAAAAUCCAAACAGCGCCCGCGUCGUUUAACAAUUCAAGGCUCAGACGGACGUCAGUACAUGUUCCUGCUCAAAGGCCACGAGGAUUUACGCCAAGAUGAACGAGUUAUGCAAUUAUUCGGUCUCGUCAAUACGCUGCUGCAGGCCGAUUCAAACACGUAUCGCCACGAUCUCGCCAUACAAAGAUACGCUGUUAUUCCAUUAUCGCCGAACUCGGGUCUCAUAGGCUGGGUGCCGCAAUGUGAUACUUUGUACAACCUCAUAAGUGAUUACAGAGAUAAGAAGUCAAACAAAAUGUCGCUGAAUACUGAACAACAGAUCAUGAUGCGAAUGGGAUCGGAUUAUCAGAAGCUAAUGUUGAAGCAUAAGGUGGAGAUCUUCGAGCACACCCUAUCGCAAACGCCAGGGAACGAUCUAGCGAGACUCCUCUGGCUGAAGAGCCCAUCAGCGGAGGCGUGGUUCGAGCGUAGAACCAAUUACACACGAUCACUGGCUGUCAUGAGUAUGGUGGGGUAUAUCCUGGGCUUGGGAGAUCGGCACCCCUCUAACAUAAUGCUACACCGAGUAACGGGGAAGGUCCUGCAUAUAGACUUUGGGGACUGCUUCGAAGUGACCCAGACCAGGGAGAGGUUUCCAGAGAAAAUCCCAUUCAGGUUAACAAGGAUGCUGAUAUAUGCUAUGGAGGUAACCGGUAUAGAAGGCACUUACCGUUUCACUUGCGAAUCAGUGAUGCACGUACUCCACAAACACAGGGACAGCGUUAUGGCCGUUCUAGAAGCGUUUGUCUAUGACCCCUUACUCAACUGGCGUCUCAUAGACAACGACAAACACUCAGUCACCGAAUCCACCUUCUCAUCGGACAUCGAUAUUUCCUACUCCCUCCCGAGUAGAAGUAGGAAUCAAAUGCAUUAUGAAUCCUUAGAAAUGCCGCCGGAGUCCAAUUUGAACAAGCGGGCGCUAGCCAUUUUGAAUAGGAUAAGGGAUAAGUUGACUGGUAGAGAUUUUCCGAAUAUUGAGGCGGUGGUAAGUGUCCCUAAACAGGUGGAUUUGUUGAUAAAGAUAGCAACGAAUAACGAAAACUUGUGUCAAUGUUAUAUUGGUUGGUGUCCGUUUUGGUAA